AUGGAAGGUUUUGAUGAUCCCGGAGUAUUUUUCUCUGACAAUUUCGGUGUAGAAGAAAAUGAAUCUCAAGAUCAAAUUAACCUACAAGCAGUUAAGAAAAAGUUUAAAGAGUUUAUUAGACAAUUUCACACUGGAAAUUUUAAUUUUAAAUACAGAGAUGCACUGAAGAGGAACUAUAAUUUACAUCAAUAUUGGGUCGAGAUAAAUAUAGAGGACUUAUCAAGUUUUGACGAAGUUUUAGCCGAGAAGCUUUACAAAAAGCCCACAGAACACUUGCCCAUUCUUGAAGAAGCUGCAAAAGAGUUGGUUGAUGAAUUAACUGCACCUAGACCAGAAGGAGAAGAGAAAGUAGAGGAUAUCCAAGUAUUGCUAUCUUCAGAUGCCCAUCCAUCCAACCUGCGAGAGCUAAAAUCUGAAACAGUAUCAAGAUUAGUUAAAAUACCAGGUAUUGUAAUAUCAGCAUCGGGAAUUAAAGCUAAAGCAACCAAAAUAUCAAUCCAAUGUAGAUCUUGCCGUAACAUCAUUCCCAAUUUAGCAGUAAAACCUGGACUGGAAGGUUAUGUAAUGCCUAGGAAGUGUAACACGGAGCAAGCAGGUCGUCCAAAAUGCCCACUUGAUCCAUACUUUAUUGUACCAGAUAAAUGUAAAUGCAUUGAUUAUCAGGUGCUUAAACUACAAGAAGCCCCUGAGAAUAUCCCACAAGGAGAGAUGCCUCGUCAUUUGACAGUUUACUGUGACCGCAUGUUAUGUGAGAGAGUUGCACCAGGUGCAAGAGUCACAGUGCUUGGUAUCUACUCCAUUAAAAAGAUCUCUAAAGUUGGGAGAGGUGAUCGCGAAAGAGGUUCAGUAGGUGUGCGCUCGUCAUACCUACGAGCAGUGGGUCUCUCUGCUGAGGAAGGUGUCACAGGAGGCCUAAAACCCUUCACUGCAGAUGAGGAAGAACAGUUUAGGAGACUUGCAGCAUCACCAGAUAUUUAUGAAAGAAUAGCAAAAUCAAUUGCACCCAGUGUGUUUGGUGCUGUUGAUAUGAAAAAGGCCAUUGCGUGUCUACUUUUUGGAGGAUCUCGCAAAAGAUUGCCUGAUGGUUUAACCAGACGAGGAGACAUCAACAUCUUAUUACUUGGUGACCCUGGUACUGCAAAAUCACAACUAUUAAAGUUUGUAGAAAAAGUAGCUCCCAUUGGAGUGUACACUUCAGGAAAAGGAUCGAGUGCAGCUGGUCUCACUGCUUCUGUUAUCAGAGAUCCCGGCAGUCGUAACUUCGUAAUGGAGGGUGGCGCGAUGGUACUAGCGGACGGUGGCGUAGUUUGCAUUGACGAGUUCGACAAGAUGCGCGAAGAUGAUAGAGUUGCCAUACACGAAGCCAUGGAACAGCAAACCAUAUCUAUUGCUAAGGCUGGUAUAACAACGACUCUCAACUCACGCUGUUCUGUGCUAGCAGCUGCAAACUCAGUGUUUGGUCGGUGGGAUGACACUAAAGCUGAUGACAAUAUUGACUUCAUGCCAACUAUCCUUUCGAGAUUCGACAUGAUUUUCAUUGUAAAGGAUGAACAUGACCAGAAUAGAGAUAUUACGCUAGCGAAGCACAUAAUCUCCGUGCACAUGGGCGGCUCGUCGCUGGAGCGCGAGGGCGCGGAGGGCGAGUUGCCGCUGGCGCUGGUGCGGCGCUACUCCGCGUACUGCCGCGCGCGCUGCGGCCCGCGCCUGUCCGCGCCCGCCGCCGACCGCCUCGCAGCCAGAUACGUGCUCAUGCGCUCCGGUGCGUCCGCGCAGGAGCGCCAGGCGGACAAGCGACUCUCCAUACCUAUUACCGUUCGGCAACUAGAAGCUAUAGUGCGCAUAUCAGAGUCACUAGCUAAGAUGCAGCUGCAGCCGUUCGCGACGGAGGCCCACGUGAGCGAGGCGCUCCGGCUCUUCCAGGUCUCCACCUUGGACGCUGCUAUGACGGGCAGCCUAUCUGGUGCGGAAGGUUUCACAACUGAGGAGGACCAGGAAAUGCUGUCGCGAAUAGAGAAACAAUUAAAGCGAAGGUUCGCUGUGGGCUCCCAAGUCUCCGAACAAACCAUCAUCCAAGAUUUCCUUCGACAGAAGUAUCCGGAGAGAGCCAUUUUCAAAGUAAUACAUACUAUGAUACGGCGAGGGGAACUUCAACACCGCUUGCAGAGGAAAAUGCUGUAUAGAUUAUCAUAAGUGUUGAAUUGGUUUUUUAUGAUUUCUGUUAAGGUUGUUUGAUAAGAUUGCUGGUUCAGUUUAAUUUAAUAUUAAUUUACAUUCAUAACCAACUCUGAAAAAUCAGACUGCAAUUAAAUUUUCAUUCGUUUUAAUCAUUAUAACGUAACAUAAUUAUAUUCUAAUUGAUAUUGUUACACUACAUUU